UCACAAAACGCACAACAAAUUGAAAAGCACAAAAACAAAUUGAAAAGCGCAACAACAAAACCCAAACCGGAAGAGGUAGGUACCAAUGCUGCAACAACAGGCAUCACUGAUUGGAUGAUGGAUCCGGUAACCUUUUGAACCGGAAGUUGUUCUGCUGAACGUGGUUAUGAGAAAGAGCAGUCAACAUGUUUUGUCCAAGUUGUGGAAAGAAGUUGGUAGAGCAGUCACCAAACUUUUGCAGCGGCUGUGGCAAAAGACUUCAAGACUCUAUCACAGACCCUCUACAACCAUCCAGUAAGUUAAAAUCAAAUUCAAAGGCUUCUGUUGCUCAUGGACACAUGAGCUUACUGACGCUAGCACUUUUGUCGCUAGCACUUUUGUCGCUAAUAGCUGUUAAUUGAAAGGUUUUAGGUAACGCAAUUAUUGUAUUAGUAAUGGAAUAAUUUAACUAACUACAGUUUCCAUCGUUUUUUUACGCUGUUACCAAUACAGAAUGUUAAAUGAUGUGCAUUACUACGAAUUGACGGUGUUCCGUCAGAUAGUGUUUCACCGUCACGAUCUUUUUCUCCUGCUUCUCCGCGUUGCUCACGCGGCACAAAUCGCGCGUCCUCGCCAAAAUUCCUGUUUUCGCGCAGCAUUUCGCCACUAUUACCUCUGCUACGGUCCUCAGUCCUCAAUCCAAAAUAAGGGGUGGUGGAUCGAUAGUAUUGUGUACAUGACGACAGGCAGACAGAUUUAACAAUAAAAAAAAUUAUAAUGAUGCCAAGCAUUAAAAAAACCCAACAUUUUGUAUAAUACAAUAAUCUGUUUAUUUCUUUGCAAAAAAGGGGAAAAUAAAGUGGAGUUAAAAGUAGCACCGAUGUUCAUUCACACGAGAAAAUAUUAAAGUAUAAUUAAGAAACGUGUUAAUAUUGGGGGAGGGGCAAAGCACUGUGCAGUUAAUCAAAAUAAAAUGGCAUGAUCUGAUUACAAUGUACAAAUUACUAGAGAGAAACAUUCUCUCUAUAAUAUUCUGGGGAAACACUGGCUCCUUGAUAGGUGUCUUAACACCUGUCACAUACUGUUCCCCCUGUAAUAAUCAGGGGAAACGCUAUAUGACAUGUGUUUUAACACCCGUCACAUAGGGGAAACAGAUCGUGAAGGGGAAACACAAUCUGACGGAACAACUGAAUAAAUUGCCACUCCGCAAGUGCUAAGUAGGCUAGCUAUUUAAGAGUAUUUCAGUCUGCAACUCAGUAACAUUUUUGUGAAACCACUAAUUAUAUGUAAAAUAACGUUCGCAGCACUGAUAAUCACCACUGCGUGUUUGUAGAUUGAAACUCACAAGUAGGCAUUUAUAUUAUAUUGUAUUAUUUCGGAUUUAAUCAAGCCCGCUCAUUAGGCUAAAUGAGCCAGGUAAAUUAAAAUCCCUUUUCCCACUAUAUCCGUAACUCAAUAGUGUAUCACCUAGAGAUGUUACUAGCAUCCUCGGGAGCUAUUUUUAUCAAUGAAAAUUAUUCAGUGUUGUCUCAAUCAGCAUACUGUGUGAAAUAUUACAUUUUGCCUGUGUGUACAGUAUGUGUAUUUAACAUUUUCUUUUGUUUCCCUUUAGCAUCGCAGACAAGCCCAACCUGCCCGACUCCAACUUACAGCACCUUUAUGGAGUACAGGAAAAAGAAAAAUGAGGAGAGGCAAAAAUUUUCUUGUGGUAAAAUGGGAUUAAAGAAGACUGCAAAAACAAAAGUUCAGAUAAAUAUUGGCUUGAUGUCCAAGAAGAAAGAUGGUUUGAGGCCACAUCGUGGAAAAAGUAUUGCUCUAAGAAUUGACCCUGACAGCUCUGCCACAAGUCUCCUCAGUGAAGCUGUUAAAAAAAUGAGGGACUUUAACAAAGACUUGAGUGAUGGACCAUUCCUCCUCUUGUAUCCUGAUGCCACAGAGGUGAUUAAUAUCCCUGGGACCAAUAGUCCAUUUACUCUUGGGGCUUAUAAGGCUGAAAUUGGCAAGCCUUAUCAAAGGAUUACGCUUUUCAUCUGUAUAAAAAGCGACUUUGAAGAAGCUGCUGAAAUGUCUGACUCUGACUCAGAGGUUGUUGUUAGACGUCCCACUGAGUUUGAGCUCGCUGAUACACUUCCAUGGGAACCACAGGAUGAAAGCAGUCCUUUACCAAAAGUUGCAGAAAAUGAAAAUUGUGCUGGGGAUUGUGUUCAAACGAAUGAAGCACUAGAGGUUAUAGAUCUGGAUGAACCAGGCAGCAGUAGUGAAUGUGUCGCUGUUAAGAACUCAUGCUACAGAAACUACACAGAGUUGUUUGAACCAAUUGUGAUUGAGGAUGAGGAUGUUGCACCUUGUAAAACCAAAGAUCUGCCCCCGGAAGAACCUGAAGACACAGAUGUGCAGGCACAUGAAAUUAUUGCUGAUUUGGCGCUGGCAAUUGACCACAAGAAAGUCAGUAGAUUCAAUAUAUCGAGGUCGGAUGUAUGGGAUGGAGCUGUUCGAGGAUUUCGACGGAGCACGUACUCUGACAACAACGACUUGUUUAUCAAGUUUAAUGAUGAUGCUGGCUGCUUUGAAGAAGGUUUGGAUAUGGGUGGUCCAAGACGUGAAUUCCUGACGCUUCUUAUGAGCCACCUGAGAAAUCGCCCCAUUUUUGAUGGACCUCCAGAUCGUCGUUAUCUUGUAUAUAACUCAAGAGCUGCCAUGGAAGAUGAGUAUUUCUUAGCAGGCAAGAUGAUAGCUGUAUCUAUUGUAAAUGGAGGACCAGCACCACAUUUCCUCUCAAAGAACCUGGUCAACCGCAUGAUAGGAGAUCCAUCUUUCAGCGCCACAAUAGAAGAUGUGAAAGAUGAGGAGAUAGGGAAAGUACUGCACCAGGUCCUAGAAGCAGAAUCCGAUGAAGUUUUGCAAAAUUUAAUUUUGCAAAACAGUACUAUCUUCCAAACUGCUGGAUGCCUCAGAAGUGUGAAGACUUGUGAAAAGCAAGGUUUCGUGGAGGAGUAUCUCAAAUGGUACAUCAUUGAGAAAAAUGAAAGUGCCAUUCAAAGAUUUAAAGAUGGACUGGACAGUCUUCAUUUUUUCACUGCAGUCCAGCAGUAUCCAAGUGUUCUGGCACCAUUGUUAUACAUGACUUACAAGACCCUGACUGCAUCAGAUAUGGAGAAUAUAUUCAGACCAAGUCUCAGCCCAGCAGGAAGCAACAGGCAGCAGAAGGAAGCGCUAACACUUGGCUUUUGGGCAGAUUAUCUGCUUGAUUGUGAAGAGAAAGUGACAGCUGUGUCACUGGAAGAAUUAUUAAUGUUUGCAACAGGUUUGACUGCACUUCCACCAGCUGGGAUGAUACCACCUCCAUGCCUCGAGUUUUCGAGUGAUUCACCUUUUCCUGUUGCCAACACCUGUGCAAAUGCACUGAAGCUACCAGUCUCUGAAUCAUACAGAGUCUUUAAGGCAAAUAUGGACUUUGGAAUACAAAAUUCCCCUGGAUUUGGAAAUUUUUAAAUCACAUGUCUUAAGUGUCAUGACAGUUAUUAAUGUUCAUUGUGUGAGUUAAAGAAAUUGUUACAGAAGAUUUCAUUCACUCGGUAUCUCAGGGAUUUUUUUAUUAUUUGUUUGAGAGGUCACCCAUUAGUUAAACUCUGCUGCUCUUGGCACAUUUGAAAGUUUAAAUUGUGGUUCAACAUUGAGUGUUUUAAUUCUAAUCAGUUGCUGUAUAUCAAAUGAUGUUAACAAUAUAGGUUUCACUUUAGCAAGAGGAACAUACACUAAAAACAGGAGUUCAGUAGUUAGUGUCUAAAAUCCAGCUACAUUCUUCAGGGCUAGAUACAGUUCUGUGGCUGACUCCCAGUCUUGUGGCUGCUCCAGUCUGUUUUGUUGUACAGUGUGGUGUAGAUAUUCCUCAAUGUUUGAGUCACCACACAAUUCAAUAGCUUGCCUCCCCUCGGGAAAUACAUCCAGUUCUCUCUCCUCAACAGCAAAUCCACAGUCCCUUGAACCAUAUCUGCAAAAGGGAAAUUGAAUUAAGGUUUUUUUAUGGUUUAAAAUGCCAAAUUCAUUUGUUUACAAUAUAUAACUGUAUGGUAGCAUUGACUGUUCAUAAAAAAUAUAAUGCUAUCAUAAUUAGUUGUGUAAUUAAAACUGCGUUCCAGCAAAAUUGUUGGAGAGCAAUUUAAUAUUCAACAUAACAUUUUAUUUUUGAAAAAGUGUAGAUUGGAAAACUGAAGGUUACGGUUAUUUAAUUUUGUAGGACAAAGCAAUAAAUAAAUGUAGCUGUUUUUUGCUACAAAGUGUAGAAAUCUGACAGUUUUCUUCCUUUUACCUGAAACUGCAAAGUUCAUUAAAAUUUUUAAUGUGCUGCAA